AAAGCCCUGGCAUUCACGCCAUAUUGACCGAUCGGCAUGUGGUAUGAUUGCCUGGUUGAUCAAUCUCUUGGGUAUUUCAGGCCUUGUCUUUCUGACCUUCUGCCCCCCUUCACAUCAUGUUACGAGCAAGAUCAAAACCGCCAGCCUGAGGCUUUGUUGAACCUUAUCGUGGAUUAUUCAGCCUCUUACAAUUGUUAAUUUACCCUUUGGUUGAUGCUGCCAGUGUCCGGUAAGCAUUGAAGGUUUGAAGCAGAUGUCCAUAAUCCAAUGAACACGUCUUCAUCGGGUGGGGAAACUGGACUUGUGUCGAGCGCAACCAUCGUGGCCUGUUCCAGGAUCAGUCCGUGACAGGCAUAAUAGCCCUUGUUAGUGAUGGUUUGUCGGCAGACGUCUUCUCAGACUUCUUCUCACACGCCCAUCAAAUACAGAAGGAAUCCCGGUAUCUCGGUCAAUUAGCGAGUCUCGUACUGCUUAAAGCCAUACAAGAGCCUCGCGCAUAACAUUCUUCGACUCAUCCACUACACUCACCCUGUGCUAUCCUCUCGAAACUCCAUAUGUUGCCUCAAGCACCAACUUGCACUGGCAUUCGUAUACGCCACACGGACGACGCCAACAGGAUUUUUCACGCUGUGGCGUUAGGUCACCUUCAGCUUUAUACUCGUAGACUGACUGUAGAGGAGAGACGAGCUAUACAUACUGGCUGUGUCUUCGUUUGGGAAGAAAGAAGCUCAUCGAUAGAGGCUACUGGGGACGGAAUUGAGCGCUGGACCGAUGGUAGAAGAUGGAGUUGUUCCAAAGUGAAGCUGGAUUUCUUAUUCUACCAAGAAAAGCUUCCAGAUGUGAAUGACGAGUACAUCGCUGCAGCGAUGCGUCCGAAUCAGUUGGUUAAGCAGACCUACUCGGUCCAUGUUCAGACUCCAGUGGGUCGCAGAAAGUGGCAUCUAGUCGCAUACUACACCCCAGAAACUCGCGAUUAUCUUCCUUCCGUUGAUGACAUUCCACUGUUGGCCUCACUUCGUAACUCGGUGCCUCGUAGCGCAUAUCAGCCGGCCCGGACAUCAAGAGGACGUGCCCGAGUUGAAUCUGAUGUUGUUGAGGCCUCUUCGUCUGCCAUGCCAAAGGUUCCCUCAAAUCGAUCGUUCUACACAUCAUUACCGCUCCCACCUCAACAAUCUUCCCCAACGCCUGAAUUGGCGCCGGCGUCUUGGGAUCAAGAUGCAGACUCUGAUGAUGCUCAUGAGGUGGUUUCAACACCGAUCUCACCCAUGUCGUCAACCUUCGAGAUGCCACCCCUAUUUCAGCCUCCCGAUCCAAAGUGGGUCCUGGAGAACUGUGUUGCAGUUUUUAACAUUUACGAGAUGCCCCAUCGACGAGUGUUGGAUGAAGCAUCAUUGGAACUCGCCCCCUUGGUGUACAUGAAAGAUUCGCCAUACCAAGCCCGACACCCGUUCGACGUCGACACACUGCGUGCGUUUGACACAGUUUCGUGGACAAUAUGAAAGUUCCUGGGGUACUAUGGGCAUUCUUUUCUCGUGUCUUCGUAAUCUUGAUUUGAAGCUCCUUGUCGCUGCAUCACUGCCGUCACGUUAUUUAGCCUCGCCACUGUUCGUCAUACCUUGAAAGGUGUUUUGUCCAGCAUUGCUCUCGAGUAAAUGAACCUGCCUGCAACGUAUGUAUGGGACAAUUUCUUGAUCAUUUAAUCCUAUCUUUUUGUUUCCUUC